UCCAUCGACGUCUUCGCCGACGAGAUCCGCUUCUACCAGCUGGGUGAGGAGGCCAUGGAGCGCUUCCGGGAGGACGAGGGCUUCAUCAAAGAGGAGGAGAAGCCCCUGCCCCGCAAUGAGUUCCAGCGCCAGGUCUGGCUCAUCUUUGAGUAUCCCGAGAGCUCUGGCUCGGCCCGGGCCAUCGCCAUCGUCUCCGUGCUGGUCAUCCUCAUCUCCAUCAUCACCUUCUGCCUGGAGACGCUGCCAGAAUUCAGGGACGAGAGGGACAUGCCCGUGCCCCUGCCUCCACAAAGCGGAGGUUUGAAUGGCACGACCGGGGACUCCCCACCCAUGCAGCCACCCAGUAGCCUCUCUGACCCCUUCUUCAUCAUUGAGACCACCUGCGUGAUCUGGUUCACCUUCGAGCUCCUCGUCCGCUUCUUCGCCUGCCCCAGCAAACCCGAGUUCUCCCGCAACAUCAUGAACAUCAUCGACAUCGUGGCCAUCAUCCCCUACUUCAUCACCCUGGGCACCGAGCUGGCCCAUGAGCAGCAGCAGCCUGGGGCUGGCAGUAGCAAUGGGGGCGGGGGCCAGCAGCAAGCCAUGUCCCUGGCCAUCCUCAGAGUCAUCCGCCUGGUCAGAGUCUUCAGGAUCUUCAAGCUCUCCAGGCACUCCAAGGGGCUGCAGAUC